CUAUUGAUAUAGAAAUAAAAGAGAAACUAAUAAGAAUUUCAAACAAAGAUCAAGUUUAUAAACUUGCAGUCACAGUGCUGUGUCAGCACCUUAGAAGGCUAUAGCCUCACCCUAUGGCCAAUAGCAAUCAUCCAGGAAGUAAUAAGCCCAGCACUCACCGACUGAUUGUGCAAUUACACAAUACACACAGCAUAGCGUAAGUGAGGACUAUGGAAUAGGACCUGCAGAAAAGUUUUCACUCACAUGCUACAUCCGGUGAGUUAGAAUACGUCAAAGGCUGAAUCAGCAUAAGAGCAGGGUGUGGCAAAGUAAAGGGGUGUGUUCUCAUAAAAUAAAAGGACACGCUAAGGAUUAAUCUUGCCAGACAAGUUUCAUUCAUCAUUACACUGUCAUGGCUGGGAGAGGGAAACCGCGCAAGCUAAACAGUCUCGACGCUGAGUGCACUAAAGUAAGUUCUCGUGAUUUAACAGAAGGGAAGCAGAGUGAAAACAAAACGAAACAGAAACCAAAGAAAGCGAAGCAGAAGAAUCCAAACGAUGCUGAAGAAAAGUUUCCUCCUGACAGUACCAGAAGACAAUCUCAAGACAGCAGAGCGGAGAGAACAUGUGCUACCAGGACCAAGUCGACAAAACAACUUCCAGUGGCGAAACAGACAAAGGAAAUUCCAAAAGCCACAGGAAUAAAAACAUGUUCUGACAGGGCAAAAUCACAAGGACUUGAAGAGGAAGUAAAGCCAGAGACUCCAGAGGGCAGAAAAACAAACCCACGUGUUAGGAAGGCCAAACCAUCAGAAAUGACUAAGAUAGAGCUAAAAGAUCCUACAGAGGAUUCUGUGGACACUGUCAAAGCAAAAGCCUGUGGCACCAAGCCAAAAUUAAGAAAACAAGAAAACAAUCCUGAUCCGGCAGCAAAGAUGCAAAAUGAGCAAUAUUUUGAGAAGAUACCAAAGGCAGAGCAACAGACUCGAAAGAAUGCAAGAAAGGCUUCAGAACAGACCACAAAAAAUGAAAUAUGUGCUGGCAAAGCCAAAUCACCACCAGCAAAAGCCCGUGAUGCCAAGCUACAAGUAGAAGUACAAUCUGCUGAGCAGGAUACAAAGGUUGCACCAGGAAAAUCUCAGGACUUAAAAAGCAAAGACAUGACCAAAGAAAAAGCUUCAACAGAUUAUAUCCUUAAGGAAACUCUGAAAAAAAUGAAAAUUAAGAUGAUUGACAAAGCAAACGCAGCAGAAGUCAUAAAUGCGAUAAUACAAAAUAUAAUCAGUCAUUUAAAACAAAAUACAUCAAGCUUUAAAGAGGUACAAGAACCCCUAAAAACAGGAAGCUACUAUGAAAAUCUAAAGAUUUGUAAUCCUGAUGAAUUUGAUGUCAUGCUGCCCAUCUUGGUUGAUCGGGUGAAACUUGAACCAUUUGGAAAUGAUGGCGCAUUUUACAGUGUGGAAUUAAAACGUGGCCAGAAGACUCUGGAAAAAUUUCUAGAAAAUGGCAUUUUAUCUGCUACCAAGAUGCUCAAUGAGUUCAGGGAAGAAGUGAAGAAAUGUGUCAAGAAUUUUACUGAAUGGAAGGUGGACAAGAAGAAAAGAGGCUGUCCAGCAGUGACCCUGACCACACAUGUACAAUCAGUCCCAAUUUCGCUGGAUGUUGUUCUCUGCCUUAUGGUUAAAUCAAGCUGGCCGCCUUUCACAACCGAAGGCCUUAAAAUAAACAACUGGCUUGGGGAUAAGGCUAAGCAGGAAUACAGGCAAAAGCCGUAUUAUCUGGUCCCAAAAUAUGAGGGCAAGGGUACAGUGGAAAGUGAUGGGGUCCUUAAUAAAGAUGUUUGGAGAGUUUCAUUCUCUCACAUUGAGAAGGCCAUCCUGAAAAAUCACGGAUCAAAGAAGACUUGCUGUGAAAAAAGUGGAGAAAACUGCUGCAGGAAGUCCUGUCUGAAACUCCUAAAGCACCUGCUACAUCUGCUGAAGGAAAGGGACUCUUCAUUUGACAAGUUUUGCUCUUAUCAUGCCAAAACUACACUCUUUCAUGCCUGUUGCUUGCGAACUGAUGACAGCAACUGGAGAGCCUCAGACCUGAGCAAUUGUUUCCAGCUGCUCCUGGAAGACUUUGAAUGUUACUUGGAAAAUGGUAAACUAUGCAACUUUUUCAUUCCAAGUCAGAACCUGUUCUCUGGUAUUAGAAAGUGCAAAUGUCUGUCCGAUGCUAUCAGGGAGGAACGUCUGAACGGCUUUCCUAUUUUCAGGGAACAACUUAAAAAUGGACAUUAAUGCACGUCUGAGCUCGUGACUUUUGUAAGUGCUAUAGUGUCUUGAUGCAUGCUCAAUCAAAUGCCGCAUCCAGAUGAACAGAAUCUUCGAAAGUUGAUUCUAUUCAUUUGGAGGUACCCAGAUAGCAAAUAUCCAUUGAAACAAUGUUUAGUCAAUAUCAGUUGAAUCUAUUGAAAAAACAUUGAAAUCUGAUAUUGACGUAACAUCACUCUUGCACCCUUUUUUAAUGUUGAUACAACAUCAGGAUUUGAUAUUGAAUCAAUGUUGAACGCUGAUGUUGAUUUUCCCUCACUUUUGCACCCUUGGUUACUAUUGAAACAACAAUAAAAUCAUGAUUAAAAAUCAGUAUUUAACAGGUAUUUGUAUCAAUACUAAACACCACUGCAAAUUACCAGCAAUACUUAAACCUGCUAAAAAGACAAUUGUGUAUGAUCCACAAAUAGGAAACCAUUAUAUGCUGGACAUUAUCUUACAAUUUGUCAUGUCCAUAAAAAUAUCCCUAUACUAUGAAGCAUCUGGCAUUAUGUAAUAAAAAAAUGACAGACAUCUGUGUGUCAAUAACAAAGGAUCAGAUGAUGGAUCAGAUGAAAAAUCAACAUCAGUUCAACGUCUCCUUGCCAUCUGGGUAGCGUUUUCAGACGCUAUGAGAUUUACUUACCUGGAUGAUUGAGCAUGAAUCAACACAGAUGAACAGAAACAACUUUUUGGGAAGUCCUAUAGUGUUUACAAUGCCUCAGUAAUUUACAACUUUAGUUUUGAUGUGAUUUUGUUGUUCCCUGUUUUGCAACACAUUUAUAAGAAAUUCUACUAGUACAACUGAGAUGACCUUAGAAUGGCACUCUUUAAAGUCCUGUCGGAGCGGGCACGCUCCUUGUGCGUAACUAUUUUUAAAUCCCUGUAGAAGUAAGCUAGCGAAAUAAUUUUUUUAUUUUUUUUUUCAUAUGAAACCAUAGAAGUUGUACUUACAUCUUAUGCCAUCAGUUUGUCCUAAGUCAUGGUUUCCUUCCAAAUAUAGCUUUGGAAAAUUUGCAUAAAAAGCAAUUGCAGCA